AUGCGAGUGAUAUUUGUCGUUCAGCUCAUAGCUUUUGCGGCGGCCAUCAUGGGCGAGAAGUUCAUCGUUGAAUUCGGCAGCAGCAAGGUGCGCUUGACCGACCGCGCCGAAGACAGGGAGGAAUUGAUUGGAAAACUGACGACGGACGAGAGGACCAAGAUCGUGAAGCGAUUCGACCACGCAAUCUUUUCUGGUGUGGUGAUUGAAACCGGCAACCACAAUCUCGACACUUUGCGAGCGCUUCCAAAUGUUGGCAACGUCUGGACCUCACGGAAUGAGGGUAUGCUGGCGCAUCUCAGCGAUUCAAAGCCAACGCAGUAA